AUGUCCCUAGCCGCGGGUCACUUUGCAUUGAAGCGCCUACUGCGGCUGGUCGGUGUCCUCCUUUUUCUAGCGACAGCUUCUUGCAUCAUUGCAUGGUCGGAUCCGGCUUAUACUAUCGUUUCCGUCCAUCGCGCCCGACAUUCCGGGAUUCCGGCGAGAUACACGAUCGAAUGUGAGCCUGGCAGCCGAAGCGUUUUGCUGCUUGGUGCUCCUGAGGCUAACUCCAUCGGAGCAGCCAUGUACUUCAUGGGUGUAGAGGCUUGGGAGAUAGCACAACCAGAUUACCAGAUUGGAGAGAUCGGAGACUUGAACAAUGUUCGCCUGACGGGCUACUUGAUCCUAGUCUUCGCGGUAGUCAUCAUCUUUGGUGGAAUCAAGUAUGUCUCACGCUUGGGAACGGUUUUCCUCAUGGUGGUGUUGUUUGUGAUCCUCUGCAUGUACGUGGGCUGCUUGAUGGGCCCAAAUGAGACACGGCCGGCGACGUUCAUAGUUGACCUGGUCACUGCGGAUGGCUCGACGGUUCAGAAGACGCUCUCUUGGACAGGCCCGUCUGGGGCUUCCUUCUCGGACAACUGGGCUUCUGCGUGGGAUGCCCCUCAGGGUGCUUUUCCCAAGGACACCACUCAGUACAGCUUCGUGAACAUGAUGGGUCUCUACUUCCCAUCGGUGACUGGCAUCAUGGCUGGCGCAAAUCGGUCGGCGGACCUCAUGGACCCCACGAGCGCCAUUCCGAAGGGGACUCUCUUCGCGCAGCUUUCCACAUCCUUCAUCUACCUUUCCUUCAUUUUUGUUUUCGGGAGCGUGGCUCCCCGAGAGACCCUUUUGAACGACAAGUUCUUCGCAGCAACCUCGGCUUUCCCUUUCAAGGAGAUCGUCAUCUACGGCGUCAUGGCAUCCAGCUUGGGCGCGGGCUUGAACUCGCUUGUGUCAGGUACCAAACUUCUCAGCGCUAUCGCAGGUGAUGGCACUCUGCCCAUCCUUCGCUUCUUUCGCGCCGCUCCGGGAAAAGAGCCGCGACUGGCGCUUUUGGCGAGUGGAGCUCUCUGUGCACUGUCUAUCACCAUUGGUGAGUUGAAUGCCAUCGCUCCUCUGCUGACAAUGUUCUUUCUCAUGCACCUCGGCCACGUGAACAUGUCCUGUACCAUCCUUCACUUCGUCAGUGAUCCGAACUGGCGUCCCACCUUUCGUUAUCAUCACUGGUCCAUUUCGCUCAUUGCCGCCGCUCUCUGCGUCUGGAUGAUGUUUGCUAUGGCUGCCGUGAUUGCCAUGGCCGCUAUCAUUUUCUGCGGCCUGAUCCUCGCAUACGCUGCGUACAACUCCGCGAACACGAGAUGGGGCGAUGGCUUCCAGGGCAUGAAAUUCCAGUUGGCGAAGAACAUCCUCAUAAGCAUGGAUGCCAAGCUCCACACCAAGAAUUGGCGUCCUCAGCUGCUGGUUGUGACCGAGCCGAAGAUGAGGCCUCUGAGCUCCCUCGAGGGAUCUGCACUACUCUUCCCGGACCUGGGCAUUUUGAAGAUCGCCUCGCAGCUGAAGAACGGCCGCGGCUUCAUCGUUCUGGGUGGCAUCUGCUGCCCCAAGGGCCCAGAGAAGCUUCUGUCGCAGGGCGGGCUCUUCCUCAGCGAGAAAAUGUCAGACCAAGUGGCGGAGAGCCACUUCGAGGUGAAGGAGCUCCUCAGAAAGUACAUGAUCGAUGGCUUCGGCAAGAUUGUCUACUCGGAAGACUUCACCACGGCUCUCACGGGCCUGGUGCAGUCGUCGGGGCUUGGAGCUUUCGAGCCGAACUGUGUGCUGGCUUCUUGGCCCAAGGACGCCCUUGAGCCCGGGCGGGCCGGUGUGAACACGCGCAGCAAGCUAGUGAACAUGGUCCAGAUCUCCGCCAUCUUCCAGAAGGUGAUGAUCCUGACAAAGGGGGAGGAAUGGCCUGAGUUCGAUGCAAGAAUAAAUGGAACCAUCGACAUCUGGUGGAUUGUUGGAGACGGUGGCGUUCUGCUGCUGCUGCCCUGCCUUCUGAAGAAGCACCGGGUCUGGUCUGGCUGCAGGAUUCGCUUAUUCGUUCUGGCUGACAGGGCCGGUGACGAUGUUGACCUCAUGCAGCGGGAGCUGGACAUGUAUGUUAGAGACUUCCGGCUCAACGUGGAAGUACACAUCAAGGUUGUGGACGAGGUCGUCGAAAGUGGCAUGUCGCCCCGUGCAGCUGCAGUGGAAGCGCAGCGGUUUUUCGUGGAUCAGCCGCCCGACGACGUUGUGCCCAGCGAGUAUGAGGAGUUGGAAGCCGGAAUGCGCAGUCGCCGAGAGCAUCCGAAGGCGGAGCAGUAUGAUCAGCCCACUCGUGUCACGAGUGGCCAAAGCUUGACGGACACGCUCAAGACGUGGCGUGGCCGACAGUUCCAGCGCGAGCGCUCUUUUGACAGCAGAGUUAGUGGCGGCUCUGGCGGGGAGAACAGCAAGAGCAUCAACUCCCACACCUGGUCUGCAAUGCACGGCCGCAAGCAGUUCCCGGAACGCCUCAAGGAGUGGAACACCCCGCAGGACAACUUGGCCAUGAACUCCAUGACAGACCCAGGCCCUGGUCCCCAGGCCGUCGGAAAGGCGACUGCGAGACCAUCGGUCGACCAACUGAACUUCACCGACGACCGUCAGACUGGUAACUCUGAUAGGCAGCUUCCAACAACCAACGCAUUGGUGUCCGACGUCUCCGGGAGCAACUUCCAGCGUCAAACGAGCGCCAACGACGGAAAGCGCACCCUGUUCCUGCACGAUGCACGUCAGCUGGCUGCCACAUCGCCGUGUUCGCCCGACGAGCUGUCAGUGGUGUCGACCUUGAACAAAGUCAUCCUCGAGGAGUCCCAGGAGGCCGACCUGGUGUGCACGAACCUCCCCGAUAUGCCUCCAUCUGACAGCGCGCUGGGUUACUGCCAGCUUGUGGAGGCAAUGACAGCCAAUAUGAAGCGAGUGAUCUUGGUUAGAGGUACAUCGAGUGAAGUGAUCACAGCCUUCACCUGA